AUGGUUGAGGAUUCCUCUUCUGUUAGUAUGACAUGGUCCAAUAUCUUUACACCCAACUUCCAUUUAAAAUCAAAAGCUCAACCGGAAAAUUAUUACAUCCUAUUCGGAAAAGUAUUUAAGAUAAUUCGGGAAAUCUUAUUAAAUCCUUAUCCGAAAUUAGGAACACCAAUUCCAGCCAUGGCGACCUCAUACUUGGCCAAUCUCUUCUCUCUCCUCAACCCCUCCAAACCACCACCGUCGGCGGCGCCCUCUCGCGCUCCCAAACUCCCUCCGCUUCAUCUCUCCUCGUCAAACUCGCAUCCAGGGUGCGAGCCGCUGGUCCUGUCCAACGAGGCGCAGUCGCGGCCUUCGUACUCAUCCGACGUCGCGGCGGUGGUGUGCCCUUCGCUGGCGUACGCGAACACGAUGUUCUUCCGAUCCGCGUACAAUGUGCAGGUGAUCGUGGACGACAACGAACCGGAGGAGAAGCUGCUCGGCCGGUUCAGGAGGGAAGUGAUGCGCGCCGGAAUCAUUCAGGAGUGCAAGCGCCGCCGGUUCUUCGAGAACAAACAGGAAGAGAAGAAGCGGAGGGCUCGCGAUGCUGCGAAGCGCAACCAUCGGAGACGACCUCAAGCGAAAUUCGCAACACAAGACAAGCCAGAGAUCUCGAAGAGCAAGAAGGAAGACGAUGAUGACAACUGGGAUAUUCCUGAAGGAGUCCUUCCCAAGUGACCAUAUCAAAUUGCAGCAGCAUGUGAAUUUUCGAGGUCUCAUAGUCGCAGCUUUCCUCUGCUGAUUUUGGCAAUGGGAGAUUUGGUUUGAAUUCACUGGUUUCGGAUGAGGUGGGUUCUGUAUUCAAUUCAUCCGAAUCAUUUGUUACCAUUGAUCAAAUUGAGAUGGAUGAAAUUGGAUUUAUGUAUAUUGAUUUACCAGAUUGAAUGGUUGGCAAAUCUAUGCAGUAAAAUAGGUGUUAAUAUUA